AUGGACAAGGAAAUACUCGCCAUUACGAGAUCUACGAAAGACUCGCUUGAUCGGAUCGUUCCGGUGGCCAAGGAAGAUUUACCGCAGUUAGAGAGCGCGAGCCUGAGCCACACAGCGGCGCAUCACCGGAUCUCCGUGCGUCCGAAGAACCGACGUCCACCGCGUCGGACGACGCCGACGACAACGCCGACCAACGGUGCCGCGCCCAGCUCGCCGUCGAUACCACCGACCAUCGCCGAAGACACUCUGGACAGUUUGGAGCAUCAGGAGCAACAGCCCCAAUCGACCAGCAAUGCGCCGUCACCGACGGAACCGCCCAGGGCCAUCGGCGUGACGAGGAAGUCGUCGAGCCGACUGUCUCGCAACUCCGACAUCUUCGAGGAGUUGGAAUCGAGGCUGCCGCGGAAGCCAAGCGCGACGUCGUUGUCACCGGAUAGCCUGGAUACUACGACAGCGUCGCGAAGCAGUGCCGAGAUGGCCGCCACUACCGAGGAACAGCAGCAGGCGGAAGUCAGAUGGGUGCCGGUCGUCAGGAAGCCGUCCAACCGGAUAUCCAAGGGCUCUGAUGUGUUCGAAGAGCUGGAAGCGAAAUUGCCGCGCCGAAGAUCUUCGUCGAACCGGUUAUCCAAGUCGCCCGACAGCCUGGAUUCGUCUCCCGGCUGUUGGUUCUCCAAAUCCACCGAGGAGGGCUUUGACAAGCUGGUGGAGUACGAAGAGACCGCGAAACCGGUUGCUUCGGUCAGAAGACAAUUGCUGAAUCCGAUCUCGAAGUCCACCGAUCGCGUCUCCAAGUCGUCAGACAGUUUAGAAGCGAUCGAGCCGCUGGCCAGCGAUGAUUCGAUGGAGCGACGACGAAGUAGCUUUGACUUCCGAGCGCGUAGAAGUUCGAAAGCGAUGUCCAAGUCGUCGGAGAGCUUUGACGUGCUCGAAAGCGGCUGCGUCGGCGAGGAGAUCGGCCACGAGUUGCAGAAGAGAAGCAGCGUAUCCGACAUCAAUUUAUCGCGUGGAAGAAGACUGUCGAAGAGCGUCUCCAAGUCGUCCGAGAGCUUCGAGAGAAUCGAUAUGAGCGACUUGAAGGACGAUGUCGAGGCGGAUGUGAUAUUGGAUGACGACACGCUGAAGAUGAGCGGUAGACGGUCGAGCAAGAGAAUGUCUUCGGAGAGCUCGGAUAAUUUGGACGUGGAGGACAGGCUGGAGAACAGGAGGGUCAGAAGAACGCCUAAAAGAAUACCGAGUACCAGUAUAGUGGACGUAGUAGUUUCCGGAGAUGACCACGAGGGAGAGAAGCGACCGACUCCCACCAGGAAGCCGUCGAGACUUCAGAAAUCCUCUGAAAGCUCGGAGCUGGGUAGCACAGAUACUCUGGAUUCGGAAAGGAGGAACAAAUCGUCGGAGAGCACCGAGACACUGGAUAGUCUGGAGAAAGACUUGGAGCAGGACAGGAAGGAAGAAGAAAUCACGGACAGCGUGAUAGAUAGGCGUGAAAAAAAUGAUUCUUGGUCGAGCAGAAAUGUACCGGCGACCGAUUCCGAUCAAACGUCAAUGGGGGACGACACCGAAGACUCCAAGUCGCUCAUUUCCGCCGACAAUAAAUACUACUGGCGCCAGACUUCUGAGCCGGUGUCUAAAGAGAACUUGGGUAUCCAACAGUUGUUGGCCAUCACAAUAAUGACCAGGGUGGCUGACAACGGAAAUAAUCAACGCGGCUCCGUCAUCUAUCCGAAGAAGAAGCAAAUGAGCACGUCGCAGCCGUCGUCGCCGGUAGCCAAGCAAGAGGACACGAAGAUGCUUUUCGACAAUCUGCUAGUGAGCAAUAAGAACGACGAAGAUCUGCAAAACAUGCUCAACGGAAACAUAUCGGAGGUGUCCACCGACACUAAGAGCUUCAAGGAGAAACUGAUCAUGUUCGAAAAACUUGGGAAAUGAACGCGCCCGGCGAUAGAGCGAUAUGGAAUCAUUCUUUCGCGAUUCUUCUUUUCGAUUAAUGGAUCGCUUCGUUAGCGGCCGAUGCUUAAUGCAAAAAAUGAAGA